CAAGUCAUCGACUUCAGUAUUCGCACACCGCACCCCACCCCCACCUCUUCUUUCCCCUCUCUCUCCCCUCGCCGUCGCGGUCGUCGCCGUCCGUGCGAGCCAUGGAUCUAGGCGCUACCCGCCGAGGGCGCCUACCGAUCCACCUCUUGUUGGCGUCGCUCACCGUCCUCGUGGUCCUCACCGUGCGCUCCAGCGCCGAAGUCAUCACUCUCACCGAAGAGACCUUCUCCGACAAGAUAAAGGAGAAGGACACAAUUUGGUUUGUGAAAUUUUGCGUCCCCUGGUGUAAACACUGCAAGAACCUUGGAACACUAUGGGAGGACCUGGGAAAGGUUAUGGAAGGUGAGGAUGAAAUUGAGAUAGGGCAAGUUGACUGUGGUGUCAGCAAACCAGUAUGCUCAAAGGUGGAUAUCCAUUCCUACCCAACAUUCAAGGUGUUUUAUGAAGGCGAAGAAGUAGCAAAAUAUAAAGGACAUAGGGAUGUGGAAUCACUGAAGAACUUCGUGUUGAGUGAAGCUGAGAAAGCAGGUGAGGCGAAGCUCCAAGCUGAUUGAGGCAGGGUACUUUCAGCAAGCAUGUGGCGCAGACAAGGAACAAUGCUUUGCAACACUGUCCUGUAUCCUGGCAUUUACAAAGCCAUUUUACAGGAAAGAAAUGACCUUGUAUCUGAGUAUUCGUCUUCAAAAGUACAAGUCCGAAUCAGUUCAUGAAAGCUAUACUCCAUACCAUAGGUUUCAUCACAUUUUUGAUAAACUUAAGUAAUGAUUAGAAUGCAACGAUACAAAGGUCUGUUUGUGUCACUUGCGCAUCUCCCAACAGUUAAACUGGUGGUUGAAUGUAAAUUUAUGCGGCAUGUUGGAACUGACCCCCUUCA